UGGAUCUUAUGGUGGUUCCCAAUUUCUUACGUCAACAACAGCUCCGUGUGUCGGACACUUCUUCUUGCCACCGUACCGUCAGCUUUUGUACUAGGUGGAAGCGUCCUCGGCUUCCUUAGCGGUGGAAUCGCUGCUGCCGUGCUGAUCACAUUCGUGGCCGGAAUCCGAUGGAAGACUGAUAACGAUGACAAGAUUGUCUACGAAGAGAAAGCGUUUGGUCUACUUUGGGACCUCUUCUUCAUGCCACUGCUGUUCGCGUUGAUUGGCAUGAAGCUCGAUUUUUCAAUGAUGACAUGGCCCACAGUGUUGAUUGGAUGUGCCCUGAUCGGCAUCGGAGCUGUGUUCAGAUUCCUUUCGGGAAUCGUUUUCUCUUGCUGCUCCGAAUUCAACAUGAAGGAGCGACUCGUCCUCGCACUUUCGCUUCUGCCGAAAGCCACCGUUCAGGCUGCUCUCGCUCCGGCUAUUACGGUAUAUGCUACUGGGAUGAUGGAAUAUGAAAAGGAAGCACAAAUGGCGCAAACAGCAUGCAUCAUCACGAUUCUCCUCACUGCUCCGUUGGGUCACUACAUCCUCUCAAAAACGGCUCCAGUGCUGUUGCAGAAUACUCGCGUUGUUGGCGUUGCGAAAAGCACGCUUGAAGACAUGGAAUUUGGCAGCAAGGGAGCAAACGGUAUUGCUACGACUGUGAUCACGAAACGUAUCGAGGAAGACUUACGAUUUUAG